AUGCAGUCGCAACGGGUGGCGGGUCAGCAGGCGGCGCUGUGCAGCAGCCAGCGGGUGCGGGCUAUUGUGGCCGAGCCGCCGGAGCUGGAGGCCACCGCCACCUUCCCACGCGGCGCCCACUGGCAGGUCCACAAGUUCGGCGGCACCUGCGUGGCAGCCGCGGAGCGCAUCGAGGCCAUCUGCACCUACCUGGUGGGCGGCGGCGACGCAGCGCGCGAGGGGCAGAGCGGCGAGCAGCAGGUGGUGGUGGUGUCGGCCAUGGGCAGCCACCCGUCCAGCCCGGUCAAGGUCACCGACCUGCUCAUCAACAUGGUCACCAAGGCAGCCAGCCAGAACCAGGAGUUUCUGCUGGACCUUGCGCAGCUGCAGGCUGGCCACAUCACCAUCUGGACCGACGUGGACGGCGUGUACAGCGCCGACCCGCGCAAGACCGCGGCAGGCACGGUGAUCAGCGACGACGAGACGCUGGUGGCGGGUGUGGACCAUGUGGGCGUGAAGGGCUUCGCCACUAUCGACCAG